UCUGUUCCCUAUGAUUAAGUCAACAAAAGAGUAGAAUUAAUAGCUGGAAGUUUUUGGAGCUCCCGUUUCGAAAAAUGGAGUGUUUUUCCUUCUGUAAAGUGCGACUGCAAUUUUCCAAAGUGUGAAAAGUGUCCAUGAAAAGUUCGUGUUCGAAAGUGUGUUCGUGUGAAACGAUGGAGAAAGAAGAUGCCUGUGAGACGGGGAAUAAAAAAGCAGAGUUCGGUUAGGGUUAAAUUUUCAUGAACGAAAUCAUUUUUCAUGAUUUUGUCAUACGACAGUAGUGUUUUAUGGAAAAACAAACCGAUCUGUGGGCAUGCAAAUUUCCUGUGUGGAAAUGAAAAAGUGCCAGCAUGCAAGUGUAGGAACGGCAGGCCCUCCCCAAGAAAAUAUUCUCAUCGUAAUCAUUGCCGUCGUAAAAAUCAAAAUGGCUGCUAUUGCCUUCACUGGCCGUCUUCGUAGUUUAGCUGCUGCUGCUGCUGGUUGCGAGAUUCUCGACUAUCGUGGCUCUCGCGGUUCACAAAACAGUCGAGCAAAGUAUGCGUGUGAAAAUAAUGGACGUGUUGGUGUUUGUGGUAAUCAGUGCUGAUACCACACGGAACACACGCAUAUCUACACAAGCGGUGCACUUUGCGUCAUGAUGAAAACAGAUUUUAACUCUCCGUGCUGCAUAUUGCAAAAGGACUUAGCUGGUGUGUACACCAAACAAAAAACUCGGAUAAUAAUUGUGAUUCUGCUGAAAUUUCGCCUCGACAAAUCUAGUAACAGAAAAAAGGUUCCGAGUAUACUACUGUCCGUUAUGUUAAUGUGGACUUAUAUGUAGAAACCAGUGCUGCUGGUACAGCUGCUAACCAGUCUAUUGAAAUUUAUACAAAAUGGCGGCCGAUAGUGACGGUGAUCUACAGAAUAAAAACAACAGCAGCAGCACGCUGAAAGCCGUUGUCAUUUGUGAGGGAAACCUCCAGGAUCCUGAUUUUCAAACCCGACUAGACGCUCUAAUCACAAAACUAACUCGGCUGGUAGACGAGCCUGCCAGCAACGGGAAUUUAAAGGUGGACAAGGUUGAACCAUGGAACAGUGUACGAGUUACUUUGUCCAUUCCCAAGGAUGCAGCGGUGAAGCUACGCAAGCUAGCCGCCGAAGGAAACAGUGCCCUUCGUGCGCUCGGCAUUCUGUCCGUGCAGUUAGAGGGGGACACGGUUCUAUCACUUCGGUUGGUGGGACAGGAAAUUGUACUGAGAACGGAUAACUCUUCCGUUGCUGGACCAUCUUCUAGCAAUGGUGUAAACAGUGGCUUAGGAGAGCUAACGCGGAUACUCUCCCAACAACAACAACAGAACCAACAUCAACAGCAUCAUCAGAUACAAUUACAGCAUGGACAGCCUCCCCAGGAAGCGUUGGCUGGUCCGUCGAAGGCUACUCCUCAUUCACAGCCAAAACAGUCGCCGGCCCCUAUUGCCGUAGUUCCUGUGACACCUGCUGUUGUAGCAAAUGGACCAUUGGUGGCAGCCGAGAGUGCUACCGUUUUCAAAUCUCCAAACACCAUAUGUCCCAUGGACGGCAAACUACCGGUUCAUGUGCCGAAUGUAGUCGAGAGCUGUGAAUACCCUUUCGAGAGUAUGACGCAGGCAAGGGUAAUUCAACGUCGGGAAAACACUCUCGGAGUGGUUGUACCUUCCGCGGUACCAGCUCCCGGUCCUAGUUGUGUCACAAAGGUGGUAGUGCCUAACAGCAACCAUUUCGUGACCCCAAAUCCACCCGUUGCACCCCCUGCUCCACCUCCUCCUCCGUAUCAGGUUGCGGUCGGUGUCAAAAGUACCGCUCCGCAAACACCGUCAACAGUGAUACCUGCCAGUCCCGUUGGAUCAAUGCCGAGUGGAACAAUAGGAAACGUAGCAAUGACCAGUCCAUUGUUGGUUAAUUUGCUACAAAAUGAAAGCGUUAUUUCACAAAGUUUGGCGGCAUCUACAGGUGGAGUAAAACCUGCUGCAGCAGCAUUGGGUAUCAAGUCGGAACUUCUGACAGUGGGAAAGUCGGUUGCUCCUACUGGGCCCACGGCAAAUCCUAGUGCAGUGAAUGUUAUAAAUGACAAUGAAAUAAACUUAAACAAUAUCAGUGGAGGGGUUCUGCAGAAAACAACGUGUAUCGUAAAUAAUAGCAGUUCUAGUAACAGUAACAAUCCAGUGCAUCCAGUGAUCGAUAACAGUAGUAGUGCCACCGUGACAGUUGCGCCACCCAGCAGUAAUACUGUGACCACGCAACAAACAAUGGUGAUUAAUAACAGUGCUGCCAGCGUUGGCCCACUUGGUGUAUCUGGUGCAACAACUAGCUCAGUGGUAGCAGUUAACAGUACUAGUGCUAACCGAAAUCUUCAUAAUAAUAAUAACAACAACAACACGAUGACAAACAGUAGCAACAUAAACAAUACCGCUAGUAACAAUCAGAAUGUUUUAAAUGUGCCGCCUUCUAUAGUAACUCCACCAAUAUCAGUGCCUUCUUCAAAUAAAAAUGUUAGUGUGCAACAACAGCAACCAAGAUUUAAUCUCGGCCCCAGUGGGGCUGCUGCAGUAAGGCCUUCCACUCAACAAGUAGUUCGACCGCAGCAUACGUUGGCUGCCGGAAUGAUCCCGCAACAGCGACCCCUUCUACAGCAGCCAUCGUCACCACAAGAGCUGCAGCAUCCCCAACAGUUGAGUUUGAGUCGGUUUCCCACAAUACAACAACAGCCGUCGAACCUACCUUUCAGACAUCCGUCAGCAUCUCAGACAUCACAGCAAAAUUCACGAUGGCCUGCAGUAGCCCAAUCCUCUAUGGACUCGGCUACCAAGUCCAGUUAUCAAGAAUUCACGCGCUAUCAGAUGCAGUACAACCUAAGCCAACAACAGCUAAGCAACAAGCAACAACAUGCGGUGGCAGGGCCGCUUACUGGCAGCGGUAGUGGCCACCCUGCGAAUAGCGACUUGCUUGGUAAUUUAGGUGAAUUGCCAGAUUUUGGGAAAAAUGAUUUGGCUUCCUUGUUACUGAACAGCGCUGAUUUAGAAGGCGCUUUGCUAGACGCACUGGAUCUUGAUCUCGAGCAAUCUCUGACGCCCACCGGCAGCGGUGGAGGGCUUGUAGCUAAACCUACAGCUGAGCGGCGAUGGAAACAGCAGUUUCUUAUCAACCCGCUAACUGGUGAAUUGGAAGAAACGCACGUAGAGGAGACUGAUGAGAAUGAUGAAGACGCAUCCAAGAGUUUUCCCGAGUUUCAUUCGGAAAUGUCAAAUUCUUUGUAUUCGGACGAUGACACUUGCAGCACUGGCUUUUCCAAAUUUACCUCCGAUGUGAGUGAUACGGAGCGGUCAUCGACGGCAACCGGUGAAGGUAACGCAAGUGCAAGUGGGUUCGUCAAUGUGCUGUCGUCUGGCGUAGCUCCUGUGAAUGCUUCGUUGAGCAAACUCGGCAAACCAGGCAAAGUGAAAAAGGAUAAGUUAAAAGAUGGGUGUAAAAGUGCAACAAAAACAAAAGAAAAGAAGCAACGCGAAAAGAAGUCCUCUUCGUUGUCAUCGGCACUGAAACAGAUAAAGACUAAAGCGAAAAUUGUUGCCACAGAAAGUGGCGGAGAGUCACCUGGUAGCCAGGAGAAAAUAAGACUCCGGCUAAAGCUGGACAAGUCUGAAGCCAUUAGCGUUAGUUUAGUUCAAUCUCAAGCUCUUGGUGUCGCCGGUGGUUUGAGUAGUAGCAUUGUCAGCAAAAAAGUGCAAUCAUCGCCAGUGCUAACAGGGUCAGCAUCUGUCGCGCUUAGCGGAAUGAGUAGUUCUGUCGGUUCAUCAUCGUUAAACGUGAUUGGAAUUACCUCUAACCAGACGUCAUCUUCUACAAGUUCGCUCUCUUCCUCCUCUUCUGUCCUUUCCGUUGGUAGUAGUGUAUCGCAGCAGCAACAGUCGCUAUAUCAGCUUACGUCUCAACCUACUCUUGGAAGCAGCACAUAUGCCGGCACCAACCAUAGUGCUGGACUCAACGCAUCCAACAAUAGUCCAAAUUUGCAAACGCCGUCUCCCGCUGGCGAGGAGCUUCGAGUACCCCCUUUACACAUUAGUCUACAAGGCAAAAAUCCCGUGGUCAUCAAAAACUCCCGUAAGGAUCGCAAAAAGAGUCACAGCGGUGGCGAGGAAGAUAGCGAUGGUAGCAAUUUACAGCUACUUGGGAAAAAGAGUUCGAUCAAGCGAAGCAGUCAUUCCACCGAUAGUCGGUUAACGCUGGUUAAGUCGAGUGAUACGACAACCGUUCGGUUAAAGACCGAUGAUUCUGUUUUACCGGUUGGUCCUUCUUCUUUGCCUUCAUCACCAAAUCAUCACAAUCAUACAGGCAGUAGUUGUUCGACUAUCCUGUCGACUUCUGCGGGAGUUGGUACAAAAGCGAAAUCGAAUAAAUUAGAAGAUCUGAUGCCGGUCACACAGUCGUCAGGUGAGCUGUUGGAUGCCGAUCACCAACCGAAGCGAUCCGCAACCGAAUCUGUUCACAGCCCUAAUGGGUUGAUGUGUCCGGAAAAGAAACGUCGGCUGAGUAUAACUGGUCCCAGUGGGAUAACCGAUGACCUUGGUGUAAACAUUGGAAGUAGCAGUAAUAGUGCAGCCACCAGUAUCAAUGAAAUAAAUGAAAUUUACGAAACUCUAAUCUCAUCCACCGCGAGUGGUCCAAUCGGGUCGACCAAUGUAGGCACUCUGCCUCAUUCGUCUCUGCUAGCAGCGGCUACGUCGUCAGCAAAAAACUUGAAGAGCUCCAGCACGAACAACAGUAUCAACAACAGCGCGUUUGGCAAAUGCAUUAGCAACAAUAACAGCAGCAGCAAUAAAAAUUUGAUCAAGCCAGCGCAGUCGAGCCCAACGACGUCGUCCGUGUCAUCGCCUGGAGCUCUGGCAGCUGCACCGAAUACUUUGAGCUCGACACAGUCCUCGAAACAGAUUACUUCUGCAUCCUCGACAUCUUCUAUUUCGAUAACCGAGGUAGCACAGAGGGAAAAAGCCAAUCUUCAAUCGGGGAAAAGUGAUCCUGAUGAAGCAACUGGGGACACCAACUCCGUUACCGUCAGCGAUAGUAAAAGCAACAGCAAUACAUCAACCACUACCUCAGCAUCGGAAGUGUCCGUCAAUCAGCGAAUAAACAAUACCCACCAUCAUCAUCAUAAUCGCCCGCCUGAAAAAACAGCAAUAGAUUUGCCUUCCUCUGCCACAAAUUUGGUUGAACAAACUCAGCAGCAGCAACCGCAGCCUACAACUGUCGGUGCUGCAAGUGGAUCGCAUAUGGUGGCACAAGGAGUUCGCGGUUCUCCAGGAUCUCAGGCUCAGGGUGAAGACAGUGGCAUUGAGUCAAUGGAUGCCCUUUCAGAGAAAAGUCCACAUCAACUAUCUCACAGUCCACAGGGUGGAAAUGAUCCGGUUUCAAACAAACUCAUCCGAAUCGAUAGUCCGAAAGAUAAAGUGACAACCACUGGUGCCACUGACUCAAAAGAUCAACUCAUAGGUGAUACAACAACUGGUUCGAACAACAAUAACAGUCAUGCAAGCUUAGAUGAGUAUAUCGAUAUCGAAGCGGCACUCGCUAAGAUGGAAGGACUCAAUGAGCUACAAGUCACUGCAACGGCCAACAAACUGAACGGUGAUCACUCGGUGUUGAUAAAGCCAACCAAGCGGCAGAACGACUUGGAUCAGCUUCUUGCGGAUGACAACCCUUUAUUGAAACUGGAUAAUACAAAUCUUAGUAAAAUUCUCGACGACAUUGACGACGAUGAGUUGGUGAUGUCAGACUGUGCUACGGUUGCCUUAAAAGGUAAAAGUAUACAUACGUCUUCCAGUGAAAAUUUAUCCAGGAAACAACAGCACCAGGAGUCAACGGUCAAAGGAGAAGAGGCAGAAGACUGGCUUGGGAAGGCAGGAAAAAAGAAACAUCAGCAGCAAUCGCUAAAGGGAGCAGUAAAUGAUAUACUCAGUAGUAGUAGUAAUAAUAAUCUGACAAACAAGACCGAGAUUAAGCUGGACACUAAGCAGCUCGUGUUGGAUGAAUGUUGUAGCAAUAAGGAGGUGUUAAGUUUAAAAAGCGAAUGUGAUAGUAAGCUAGUUGAUUGUAAAGCUGUAAUUAAAUCAGAUCCCGAGGAGGCUAUCGUUAGUAAUUUAAUGCAACAGCAGAGCUGUAACAAGAACAACACAAGUAGUAGCAGUAAUAUCAGCAACUUGUCCGACUUGAAACCAGUCGAUUCGGUUGCGAAUGACAAGGGCGCGUUAUCAGUCGUGGUGAAAGAUGUUAAAGCCGGUAACGAAGUAGCAGCUACUGUAAGUGUUCCGGAGCUAAAACCACGUCAUGAGCAACCGCCGUUAUAUAGCUACUCGAGUGAAAAGGCUCGCGAGCGGCGCUCAGCUGCCAAUUCCACCUCUUCCAACUCCUCAACUCCGACCGUUGUGGAAAUCAUUGAUCUGGACGAUUCUGGCAAGUCUAGCGAUCUCGAACCUCAGACGCAAAGUCAGCCGAACAAGCAAAUCCAUUCGCCACUAUCUAUUGAUAUUCCUCUGCAUCCAGAGUCAGCAGAAAACCGUGUUCGAACACGCGCCUCCAGUAAGCUGGAGAGUCCUCUAGAGCCCCCGCGUCAGAGUCCUUCUAUUGAUUCACCUGCUGCUGAAAGGUUGAAAAAUACUCUGAAAAACGCUGCGACAGCCCCCAGUAUCACGAAUGCAGGCAACUGUGGCAGUAUCGGAGUGGAUCGGCUGAGUCCGAAAAUGCUUCCAAAAACGGGUAAACGUAAACGGCAAGGCUCCGAAAGUUCAACUCAGUCCUGUGUUAGCGAUGACAUUACUAUUCCAAGUCGAGCAAAAAAACCACGAAAAGCGGCCAGUGCAGUAGCUGCUAUAACUAGCGCCGAAAAGCAGAAGAAAACUGGUGCGAUUCGGAACGCACAACAUAGGAAAGCAGCAACAGAAUCGUCGAAUGCAACUAGUGGGGCUCAAUCAACGGUAGCGGCUCCAGCGACGGAAGAUUCAUCUGAUAGCGAUGAACCGUUAAUAGAGAUAGCGGGUAAAUUUCGAAACUCUAAACUAACUAAACAAAGUACUUCUUCUACUACCAAUCCUUCUACCACUUCUACAACUACCACUUCGUGUACAAGUGCAUCAUCAACCUACUCCUCAUACUCCUCUACAACAGGUACCGGUUCGUCUACGUCCGUCAAUGCAACGACUACUACUGAGAGAGAGAAAACGCUUCGUAAUCACAAAGUUCCAACCGCAUCGUCGAAAGCAGGUGGUAGUGGUUCGUCGACACCCGCUCAGAACAUGGUCGCUAGUAGUGGUGGUAAACAGAACGUUCAUCCCAGAUCCGCUGCUGCACACAACACAUCAGUGUCCGCUUCUGUCAUCCCGUCGAACGACGAAAAAAUAAGCACCCGCCGAAGUGUACGCAUGACAACGUCCACACUAUCCACUGCGGCCAUGAACAGCAAAGCAAAAGCAAAUGCGUCUAACUUACCAACAGCUACAACAGCUCAGAGUAUCAACUCUACGAGUGGGCCAGGAGAUAAUCAGCGGGAAUCUACAGUGCAUCACAAUGCUGUCUCCAACCAUCAUAGAAGCAAUCACGUGAAUCAUCAGCACUCGACCGCUUCCACCGGUGCUAUAAAAGGAGGAGCAGGAGCAGUUGAAGGGAAGGUUACCACUGGUAGCCAUCCAGCCACUGUAUCUGCGUCGCCCGAUACCACUACGGAGGUACGACGAAAAACCAGAAGUGCAGGGCUUGAACCUAACGCCGAGGGUCGACGAAGACGUGUAUCGCGUGAUAGUAAGUGACCAAUCGCUAACGCCUCAGCCGAGAAUAGCUGCAUAAGUGACAACAACAUCGGAACUGCUGGCAAUCUGGGACUUCGUCGCAGCAUUCGCCAGCUGUACGAUUCGCACCAGCGUCAGAAGCACCGUGUCCUCUAUUCACAUUAUUUCGAACAUUCGGAAGACGAGGAUAACGAAGAAGAACAGAAUGUCGAUAAUCAUGAAGUUGAGCUCGAGGAGCAUAACAACAACAACAACCUAGUCGUAGGCUUUUUGAGUGGUGAGCAAAACACGGUAGCAGAUGAGAAUAGCAAGAAUAGUGAUGAUCCGCUGUUGCACGAAGAGGUUGAUCCCCUUUUUACGGGUGCAUCUGAACAGCUUACGCAAAAUGCAUCAGCAGUGAGCAACAGCAGCAACCCAAAAGCGGCAUUUGAGGCGCAAUGUAAUGGAGGACGUCCCAUCAACAAAUUGAAACACGUCAGCGUUGCUGGUAAUGGUGCUAAUGAAAACGGCACUGCUGGACCAAACGAGGAUGACGAUUCCUAUGCCAGUGAAAUUAUCCUAACGACAAACAGUGAUUGCAGUCUAGACGAGUUUGUGUCAUCGGACGAUGACAGUAAUGUGGAAAUAUCUGUGGUAACUAUAUCUCUGUACUGAUGAUCAGGACAAUGCUCUUCUUUGUAUGUACUACUGCCUGCUAUUACAGACAGCAGCGUUGGGAAACAAGUUAUUUUGCUAUGUAUACUUUUUUCCGAAAAGACGAGUCAACUAAACGUCUGUGAAGUGUCUUAUUGUGUAAACAAAAAUUGGUUUAAUUGUAAGAUUACAAUAAUGAAAACCAAACUAAAAGACCAUACGCUAAUAGUGAGGCGACAUUAGUCAGAUUUACAAUGGAAUAUUUUACAGCAAAUAACACUCAAUCUGUAUUUAAAAAUAUAUUUUACUUUGACUAA